CCUUGCGGGGAGACAGCCGCAGGAUUGCGUUGUCGCGGCCAGUGAGGUAGUGGGGGUCGCCCAGCCUCUGUAGCUGCGGGCCCGCCAACCUCGGGAGCAAUGGCGAAGGCCGUGGGGUGGCCCGCGAGCUGCGGGAGCGGGCGCGCCGGCGGGCGGGCGGGCGGAAGUCCCUCACCCGCCAUCUUUCUCCCUGGUGCCGCCCCCGUCGCCGCCCCGCGCUCGCAGAAGCGGGAGUGGGGACGGCUCGCCCUCGGCGGCCGCGUGACACCUGGGCGCAGGGCCGGGAUUGAGGGCCCCGGGCAAGCGCGGGUGCGGACCUAGUGCCCGAUGCGUGCGUCGGCCGCCCCAGGCAGGCGCGACGGCGAGCGGGGAGGAAGUCCCUCUCCGCCGCGUCCGUCAGCCGCGGGAGCCCGGGGAGACUGAGCCUCGACGGCUGCUGACGGGCGAGCCCCGAGCCGCUGCCGGGCCGCCGGGGGCCCGGAGCAGACAUGGACUCUGUGACCUUUGAAGAUGUGGCUGUAAGCUUCACUGUGGAGGAGUGGGCUUUACUAGAUCCUUCCCAAAAGAAGCUGCACAGAGAUGUGAUGGAGGAAACCUUCAGGAACCUAGCUGCUAUAGGAAGAACACAUGAAGACCAGCACAUAGACAAUGACCAUAGAUAUUCUAGAAGAAAUCAAAGAAAUGAAGUUGUAGAAAGACUGUUGGAGCAUAACAAAGGUAGUGAAUGUGAAGAAAUCUCCAGACAGAUUCCAAACAGCAUUGUGAACAGGAAAAUGUCUCAUAGAACAGUGAUUUGUGAAAGCCAUGUGUAUGAAGACAACAUGCUCAUCGGUCAUUCCUCUCUUAAUGUGUCUGUGCCUCUUCAGACUACACAGAGACUGCAUCAAUAUGAGCUAGGUGGAGAAAGCCUCUAUAAGAUUGGGAAAUGUGAGAAAGCCUUCAUUUAUCCAGAAUGCUUUCUGAAGCAUGAAGACACUGACACUGAACAGAGAUUCUGUGAAUUUAACCAGUGUGAGAAAAUCUUCAAAAGUAAUGGUUACAUUCAAAUACGUGUGGAUAAUGAAGCUAGAGAAGAAAUAUGUAUGGAUAAGCAGCAUUAUAAUGCCUUUACUUAUCCCGAUUUUCUUCAGUAUGUUGAAAAGAUCCACGCUGGAAAGAAACCCUUCAUAUGUAAACAAUGCGGGAAAACCUUUUCUUUUUUGAGUAACAUUAGAAGACAUGAACGAACUCACACUGGAGAGAAACCAUACAAAUGUAAUAUAUGUAAUAAAACUUUCACUUGUUUGGCUAACUUUCAAGAACAUGAAAGAACUCACACUGGAGAGAAACCCUAUUUGUGUACACAAUGUGGGAAAUCCUUUUCUUUUCUGAGUAACAUUCGAAGACAUGAACGUACUCAUACUGGAGAGAAACCAUACAGAUGUAAUAUAUGUGGUAAGGCUUUCAGUUAUUUGACCAACUUUCAAGACCACGAAAGAACUCACACUGGAGAAAAACCUUAUGUGUGUACACAGUGCGGGAAGGCUUUCACUUACUACUAUUCCUUCCAAACUCAUAAGCGAUGUCACACUGGAGAGAAACCCUAUGUCUGUAAGCAGUGUGGGAAAGCCUUCAGUUAUUACAAUUCCAUUCAAACACAUAAACGAUGUCACACUGGAGAAAAGCCCUAUGUGUGUAAGCUGUGUGAUAAAGCCUUUACUACUCUAAGUUCUCUUCGCUAUCACGAGAGGAUUCACAGUGGUGAGAAACCCCAUGUAUGUUUGCAGUGUGGAAAAGGUUUCAAUUCUUCCAGUACCCUUCGAAUACAUGAAAGGACUCACACUGGAGAGAAACCCUAUAAAUGUAGGCAGUGUGGGAAGGUCUUUAGUGUUGACAGUUCCCUUCGAUACCAUGAAAGGAUUCACAGUGGGGAGAAACCCUACGUAUGUAAGCAGUGUGGGAAAGCCUUCACUCGCCACACCUCCCUUCGAUGCCAUGAAAGGAUUCACUGUGGGGAGAAACCUUAUGUUUGUAAACAAUGUGGGAAAGGUUUUAUUUCUUCCAGUAACUUUCGAAAGCAUGAAUCAACUCAUUCUGGAGAGAAACUCUGUGUAUGUAAACUAUGUGGGAAAGCCUUUACUGAUCAUAGUUCGCUUCGACGACAUGAAAGAAUUCACAGUGGAGAAAAACCCUAUGUAUGUAAGCAUUGUGGAAAAGGUUUCUCUUCUUUAAGUGGUUGUCAGAGACAUGAACAAAUUCACACUGGUGAGAAACCCUAUGUCUGUAAGAAUUGUGGGAAAGCCUUUACUAAUCCCAGUGCCCUUCGAAAUCAUGAAAGGAUUCACAGUGGCGAAAAGCCCUAUGUGUGUGAGCAGUGUGGGAAGGGCUUCAUUUCUUUUAGUAAGUUUAGAAUACAUGAACGGAUUCACACUGGAGAGAAACCAUAUAAGUGUGAACAAUGUAUGAAAGCCUUUACUGGUCACAGUUCCCUUCGACGUCAUGAAAGAAUUCACAGUGGAGAGAAACCUUUUGUAUGUAAACAGUGUGGGAAAUCCUUUUAUACUUUAAGUGACUGUCAGAGACAUGAACAAAUUCACACUGGUGAGAAGCCUUACAUUUGCAAGCAAUGUGGGAAAGCCUUUACUCGUUCCAGUUCCCUUAAAAUACAUGAGAAGACUCACACUAGAAGGAAUUCCUAAGUGUAGAACACGAAAAAGUAUCCGUAACAUAGCAAUACAUAGAACAGAGAACCAGUGUCAUGUUGUCUGUAGGAAUGUCUUUAGUCAUCUUGGUUGUAUUCACAGACAUGAUAUUAUAUACCAUAGUGAAUAACCUUAAAUGAAUGUGCAGAUAUCUCGUCAGUUGACCGACCUCUGAGAAUGUACUCAGUAUCAAAACUUGUAUAACUGUAAAACAAUUUUCAAGGUUUUGUGAAAAUUCCUUAAGUAAGAGAAUUCAUAAUUUUUUAAACAUUCCUGUGAAUGAGCUUGAGAAAGAAUAUUGCAUUAAUUGGUCAAUAAUUCAGAAGAUAAGUCUCUGGGAUGUUUACUUCUAAUUUUUACUCUUGUAAACAAAUUUUCAGAUGACUUUAUCUCUAAGGUUUCUUUAAGGAGUGAGGCAUGAAUUUCAAAGGUAGUGUCUUUUUUAUAGUCAAGUUGGUAUAUUUCUUUUCAUGGUGGAUCCAUAUGUAAAUCAAAUGUGUUUCUAAUAUGUUUUUGGAGUAAUAUUAAUGAGCUGUUGACAAUGAAGUUUCAUUGUUAGGAUUUCUCUGUUGAGAUCAUGUGGCAGCUUCUUUGAUGUUUUUUGUCUUGUACUUUGUUGGUUUUGGGAGGAGCUGGGGGGGCUGUUUUGUUUUUUCAAACAAGUUUUCUCUGUAGCCCUGGCAGUCCUGGGACUAGCUCCUUAGACCAGGCUGGCAUACAACUCAGAUCCACCUGCCUCUGCCUACCCAAUGCUGGGAUUAAAGGCGUGAGCCACCAUGCCUGGCUUAUCUUUGUUUAUACUGAUUCUUUUCUGUACUUUUUCUUAUUGCUAAUUAAUGCCAAAUACUUGAAACAACUUAAGGGCGAGAAUUUCUUCCCUUUGCCUCACAGUCUGUCAUGGCAGAGAAGUCACCAAGUUCAGGAGUUUUUAUCAUUGUACACACAAAAGUAAGAAGAGUGUAUUCAAAGAAGAGGCCAGUAGAAGACAUAAGGACACACUCUGCCAGUCAUUCGUCCUGCAUCUCACCACUGCCCAACAGCACGUUCAUGAGCACACGCCGGGUUUAACCCUUUGGUGAAGCCCUGUUGACCUAACCACUUCUGGAAAUGACAAAGCGUAGAUGUGCUACUUGCACUAGGUCUUUCGAUGCAGUCCAGUUGGUUUCUUCUCAGAUCUCAUGUCACUAUAUAUUUUGUUUUGUACUCUGACAUAUGUUUUCUUGAAGACUUUGCACGUUAGAGUGCUCAACUACUUUUAGCCAAUUUUCAGAUUGUCAAAUCUGAAGAUAUCUGCAAGUAUCCUACCAUAAUCAUUUAUUAGGUAGAAUAUGUGACUUUGCCAGUAUUUUCCUUUAAUGUCAUAUUAUUAUCAUGUGCUAACAAGUAAUGGCACCUUUAACCAUGUAUUAAUUGCACUUGAAUGAUGACAGGUAACGGGAUCUGGAAUGUCUAUCUCUUGUGAGGAAAAUUGUGGCUACAUAACGGUGUCCUCGUUGUUUAUCACAUUUCUGGAUUCAGUACCUCCUCAACCCUGCGUCAACAGUGAGAAACAUGGAUAUGAACCCUGAGUCACUGCAGGCAGCCCUGCCUGGUGACAUGACUGCUGUCUUAUAUGUAGAUGGUUUAGGAUUUAUGCCAUGCUAAUUGGUUUAUUUCCUAUGCUGUGUGAGCUCAUUUCCAUUGGGAGUAUGGAACCUAAGGUUUCUAUUUUUCAGUACUGUCAGGUUUAUGUUUCCUGUGAUUUGUGACUUAAAACAUACAUGUGUAUGUCAUUCUGCUGUUAUAUACAAUAACUGGUGCUGAUUUUUUUAAUAGCAUGCAGAAAACCUGUCACUAGUACCCAAUGACAAUUUAAAAAGACAGCAGGAAAGCGCAUCUGAAGUCCCAACUUCUCAGCACCUCAAUUUAUUCUCAAAUUCAGAAAGAAAAUCCAGUAAUCCCCUAGUCUCUAUACAGUUGUGUUCACUGCCGUGUCUCAUUUGCAGCAUAACUUGGAAUAGAAGGCAGAGAGUUGAGUCCAGAGAUUCCAAGCUGGGGCUCACAUUAAGACUGAAAGGGAAGCCAUUCGGUGGUGGCCACGCCUUUAGUCCCAGCACUCCGGAGGCAGAGGCAGGCAGAUCUCUGUGAGUUCAAGACCAGCCUGGUCUACAGAGCAAGUUCCAGGACAGCCUCCAAAAGCCACAGAGAAACCCUGUCUCAACCCCUGUCCCCCCUCCAAGAAAAGACUAAAAGGGAGAGCGAUGGGAGUUCCUUUUAGAGGUUUCUAGAAAGCUGUCCUCCCUUACACGUGGCCUCCAGCUGCUCAGAACACUCAGAAAUGCUAACAGUGAAAGCUACAGAACACCAGAAAGCAGAUCCACAUCUGAGUUUGUCUUCUCCGAGGCGGUCACCCUGAAUACAGGCCGACUUUUCUGAAGCACCUGUAGGUUUUGCAAUUGGUGGAAUUGCUGGAGUCACUCUUUACCGUCAGUAGAUUAAUGGAGUCUGUGGGCUGGGUGUAUAGCUCAGCCGAGGUGUCCCUAACUAGCAUGAUCAGGAACCUGAAUUCAAUCUUAGGAAAUGAGGGGAGACAAACUGAAAAUGAGGUUUAGGGAGGUCCCCUAGGCAGUCUCCUGGAGUUUAUGAAUUUGACAGCCUGCUUAGGGAGAAACCAUGAUGUGUAGUGAGUGAGGCUUUUCUUAGGAAGGAUAGAAAUUGACACAUUGGGAAGGAGGGACAAUGCCAUUGUAAGGUCCCAAGCCUCCCAAAAUGGCAGUGCCACUUGUCCUAAAUGACAGUCUGGGUUCAGCUCAAGCUAAACUCAAGGGUGCUGGCUGAAUGGUUUCCUGCAGCCAGGGUAUCCUCCUAGUUCUUCUCACCCCUAACUUCACACACCUCUCUGCCCACACCCAGUCUGUUUUGGCUGGUUGGUUGGUUCGAUGCUUGCUUGGUUUUUCGAGACAGGGUUUCUCUGUGGCUUUGGAGGCUGGCUUGGAACUCACUCUGUAGACCAGACUGGACUCAAACUCUCAAAGAUCCACUUGUCUCUACCUCCUGAGUGCUGGGAUUAAAGGUGUACCCCAUCAUGGCCUAGCUACAGCUACUUUUUAUAGCAAGACUUUCCCCAGCAUUUUCUCUAUCCUCUCUGCUCCCAUGAUUCUCUACCACCCGACAGAUAGUCACCCUGCAGUUCCAUAUUUGCAAUAAAUCCACCAAUACGU